UCCUAGGACAUUGCCAUAAGGGGUCUGUCGUGGCUGAAAUGUGGUAAAAAAAUAAAGCAAGAACUGAAACCUAGAAUUGGCUGCAUACAUGCCUCAGGGAGGACAACAAAAGGUCACGUGAUUCAUUUGUUAAGGUGUUAUUUACAUUACUUUACAAACAGACAACCUGAAAAGAAAAACUCUCAGCUGUCAUUGUGAUAAAUGAACUUGUACCAACCUGUUUGCUGUCAGAUAAAAUCUGAUGCUUCAUAAUACAAGAUACAGUAAGAGAAGAAAAUAAGACAUGUGGAUAGCUGAAAACAUACAAAAGUGAAAGCUUUUUCAGCUAUGAGUCAAAAGACAGAGCUUCCUCAUCAAGUGGAGGAGUGGACAAGAGAGCAUGUUCAUUACUGGUUAACUCAAGUUAUUAACGUGGAUAAAAAACAUGCAGAUAAAUUGUAUGAGGAAGAAGUAUCUGGGGAAGAACUGGCUUGUUACCAGCCCAAACAUCUGCAAGAAGUUGGUAUUAAGCAUGGCCCUGCUGUUAAAAUUAUUACCAGAUUUAAUGAGCUAAAAACACUUAAUGAUAAUGAAUCAGAUUCUGAGUCUUCAGAACACUGCCAAACACAGAAAACAAAAGCCAUGCAAGACACAACAGUGGAAGUCAAAGGAAAUGUUUUAACAGAUCAAACACCAACAUCUAAGAUAAAAUCGGGGAAAACGAGAAAAUCUAAACGUCGAAGAAAAAAAUCUAUGGAUAGCCCACCGAAACUGGAAGAAGCUUUAAUGGAUAACACUACUCCGAGGAGAAAUCCUUUAGAAGAAACCCAACCAAAAGAUCUCCUGCAAAUGGCCUCUUCCCAAAAGAAUCUUGCAGGAUCUUCCAGUAGACAAUCCUCCAAGACUGAACAAAAAGAGUCAGUUAACCCCAAAACACUGGUCACUGUUGAUAAGCAUGAAGCCUGUCAAAAUAAAAAGAUUAUAUUGGAUCCACUACCCUUGAGACACUCAUGUAGUCUCUUUCCAUUUGAUCAGAACUCUGCUUCUCAUCGAUACAUUCAAAACUACACUUUACCACCAGAGACAGGACCAGGCAAUCUGAUAGAUCCAGUUCAUGAGUACAAGUUUAUGGGCAGAACUGAUGAUAUUCAUGUGAUGAAGAAGAAGUUCAAUAAAGAGACAUUUCGCUUUGCAGCUGGAUGUAUGAAUGCUCGGACCAAUGGUACCAUUCACUUUGGUGUAGCAGAUUCCAAGGAUACUGAAUAUGUUCAUGGCGAGAUCAUUGGGGUCAGUGUUGAAAACAGGGACAUCAUCAUUGACCACUUUAAUCAGGGGAUGAAAUCGUACUUUGAAGGUCACACAGAUGAAGCAAACGCGUGCAUCAGACAGCCACGCUUUGUAGAACUACUGUGCCCUGACGGCAAGUUAUCUGGUAAAUAUGUUAUAGAAGUGGAUGUUGUUCCAUCCCACAGUGUAGUUCAGGGUAAGCUGUUUUACAUUCAGACACUGGAUGAGGACAAUCAAUGGAAAAAGAGCAAAGGAAACUCACUCUUUGUCAGAGAGGGAGCUGCAACCCGAGAUAUCUGUAAAAUCGGUAAUCCAAAAGAGUUACAAUCUGAAAUGGCUAAGAAGAAUAAACAAAUGAAUGCUCUGGACAACAGGAGAAGGCAGGCAGAAAAGAGACCUGAAAGUAAAACAACAUCAAACCAGGGGGAAAAGCUGAAGAAUCUGUUAGCUUUUGGAGGAAACCGUCUUGGUUAUUAUGACUACUACAUCAUUGUAACAAACAAAAGCCAUGAUGAACAACUCCAGCAUCUUCAGUUCAUGACAACAUUGAAACUGUUUUGCGUACUGGACUUUGAUCCAAACUCUGCAGUAAGCGGGACCUGCCAUAGCUACACAAAAGUGCGAAUUGCAAAUCUUCACAAUCCAAGGCAGCUCCUUGGGGAUCCAGGAACUGUCGCAAAAGAUCUCAACUUAUACAAACAAACAAGUUGGGUAUUUUGCAAUGGCAGAGAAGACCUCAGCAAUGAAUCUGACAUGCCACUCCGACCAAGUGACUGGUUAACAAACAAAGCAGGAGAAGUACAAGAUGUGAUCUCAUUCCUGUGCAACUCCGACACUCUUCCAAGAGGACGAUUCUUAGUCAUAUUCCUCCUCCUGUCAACUGUUGAGGCCAUGAAUGAUCCAAUCUUUGACACAUUCAUGUCAUUUUAUAAAAACAUUGGGGGGGCUGAGGGCAUUUUGAGUAUUUGCACUUCGGAUACUUCCUUUCAGAAAUGGAGAGAUUUCAUUCAAGCCAGAUGUGAACAUGACAUAAGUCAGCGGAGUAUAUAUGACCUGGAGCUCAGUGAAAUCAACGGAACAAUACUGAAAUUAGGACAGAAUAAGUCAACCGCUGAGAGACUUCUUCCAUCUGCUGAAGGAAGUUCAGUGGUUCUCCAAAAAAGAGAUGAGGACCUUACGCCUUCUCUCGAUGUCCUUUGUGAAAAUGAGUGUGAGAAUGAGUUUGAUGAGGAUAGUGAAGAAUUCAAAGAGUUCAAACUCAAAACAGAAGCUGAAUUCUAUAGAGGGGACAAGGUGAAAUGGUGGAAUUUCUAUUUCUCUGAAAAAAGUACAGGAAGCCAAUUCAUUAAACGGGACAAAUAUGACACACUUAAACGUAUGAUCGAAUCAAAAGCAAAAAAUCCAACAAGCACAUGUGUUAUGCUGAAUCUUUUUCAUCAACCUGGUUGUGGAGGCACCACCUUAGCUAUGCAUGUCAUGUGGAGUUUAAGAAAGGAUUUCCGUUGUGCUGUACUAAAAGAUAACACUGUUUCCAAACUUAACGUAGCACAAGAAGUUGUCUACUUGGUACGUUGUGGAAAAACUGAGACCUCACGGAUAACGCCGGCACUUUUGUUAGUUGAUGACUCUGAGGAGACAGAAAACACAGAGGAGCUUCAGCACUGCACAAGAAAAAUUCUUGAUGAAAUAUGUCCAAGUGCACUUGUUGUCAUUUUGAAUUGUCUACGUUCAAAUAACCCAAAAGUUAGAUGGUCAAGCAGUGUCAUUGAGAGUCAGUUCAUGACAGCAACACUGUCAAAAGAAGAACAGGAUGCCUUUGAGACGAAACUGAAGGAACUUCAAGAAACACAUGAGAAACCAGAAAAUUUCUACAGUUUCAUGAUCAUGAAAUCAAACUUCAGCCAGGAGUAUGUUACAAAUGUUGCUCGUAACAUCUUGAAAGAUCUUGACAUUGAAAGCAAACAAGCACAACUUCUCUCAAUCUUGGCAUUACUGAAUUCCUAUGUGGCUGAUUCAGCAAUUUCUGUGUCAUUAUGUGAAGACUUUCUGGGCAUUAACAUGACUUUACGAUGGAAGAAGACUGUUAUGGAAGAAAUGCAACCUCAGUCGUGCUUGCUUAUUGAAGUUGAAGCCGAAUGUGGCAUGCACAAAGCAAUACGUUUUGUUCAUCAACAGAUUGCGAAAGAGUGUGUCAACGAGUUAGAGAAGACACACAACAGCCCAAGAUCUGAUAUAGUCAGCAAUUUGUUGCAUUGUGACUUGUUUUUCAAAAGAGGCAUAGGAAAAGACCAACUCUUACAAUCAAUGAAAAACAUGUUGAUCACCCGGCAACGCAAGACAGAAGGUGAUGAGAAAGACACUCUGUUUUCACCUUUAAUUGAGGACAUCAACCAGAAUGAUGGGCUGAAAAAAAUCCAAGACAUCUUUACAGAAGCAUCCAAACGAUUUGAUAAGGACUUUGCAAUCCCACAAGCUUUAGCAAGACAUUUCUAUCUGAAAGAAAAAAACUUUGCUCAAGCAAAGGACUGGGCAAACAAAGCUAAAACCAUCAAAGAGAGUUCAUAUACGCUUGACACUGUUGGCCAGGUCUCUAGAAGUGAACUGAAACAUAAAAUUGACAACAAAAAGCAAAGCAAACACAUUACAACCGAUGAUUUGAAAGAAUAUCUUGAUCUAGCUAAGGAUGCGAUAAAUGCUUUCCAAAGAGCUCAAGUUUUGGCAAUGACAGAUGAUGUUCAUGAGGAGACACGAAAAUCACGCACCUACAAUAUAUCUGGAUACAUGAGCGAGAUUGACAUUGCUAUGACCGUCUUUGGCUUUGUAAAGGGACUGCCAUUGUUUGAUGAGAGGGACAGCAUGAAAGAUUACUACAUUCAGCAGUUUUUCAAGGGCAAAAUAUCUAUAACAAGCAUUCCCAUAAACCAGAGUGAUGCCAACAACAAAAUGUUGAAUGUUCUUAAGGACAAUGAAACAUUCCUUGUUUCUUUGAGGACUCAAGUAGACAAAGCAUUUGAGUUCCUUGAAAUAUUCUUUACUUACACAAGAGAAAAAGGCAUUGUUGACAAAGAAAAGCAGCUUAAAAACAGAACAAAGCUUUCAGAGCACUUUAAAAACUACAUCCACCUAUUUUGCCCAUCAUCGGAGGAAAAGAUAAGUGAGAAAAAACACAAACCCAAACUUAGCAUGAACAUGGAAAUUGAGGAAUGUCGAAUGUUCCUGGAAGAAACCAGAGCAAACAAUUUCCCCAGAAUUCUUCAAUUUCUGGAGUUCAGAAAGAACAUGAUUGAGCAAAUUGUUGAAAAACAUUCCUUCAUAUACAAGAAUUGUACCAAAUCACUCAAGGACAAAACAAAUCAUUUGCUUGCACACAUAAUUCUUAAGCUGAAUAAACCAAAGUCCCCAUUAGCAAAACUCCCAAAGGAACUUAUUGGUCUUUUGAAAGAAAUCCUGCAAGAAGCUGGCACACAACAUCAACAUCCAGAACCAUACUACCUUGCUCUACUGUUGCUGUGGCCCGGAAACGACCCCCCUGACACCAGAAUAACUACAUAUGCGGGAAUGAUCAAAAAAUCCUCCAAAAAACAACUCUUACACAUUUUCAGAGUCAGAAACCCCAUUGCCCACUUCUAUCUGGGAAAGGCAGACGGAUUAGAAAGACUGCUUCCCAAAUCAGCCCUAGACAGCGACUUCAGUAACCUAAGAGACCGCAAUGUUCUAUGGCAGAAUGCAGACAUUUUCAAGGAACAGGCGAUUAAAGACAAGCUCCUCAGAGUACACGGCACAAUCGAGGAAGGUGAGCUUUAUGCAGAGUACGGCAAGCUGAAGAUUCCUGUGCGUCCCACCUACCUAGGUGGAAUAAGAAGUGGUCACAGUACAGAAAGAGUUACUUUCUACGUAGGCUUUGCUAUUGAUGGACCGCUUGCCUACGAUGUUCAAUAUGCAGACAGGUAGAUAAAUACAUAAACCCAUCAAGGCAUGAUGUCUAAUCCAAACAAUACAGUUAUUAUCUGUUGUUACUACACACAAAUGUUUUAGAAUGUGGUAAGUAACCUCUCAAGAAACUGGGUAACCUGAUCUGCUUUUCAGAAUUUAACAUCACUUAUUGAUAACAAAACUUUCACUAUUACGCUCAUUUUCAUUUUGCAUAUUAAAUGCUAACAAAAUACAAGCGUAGCGAGGAAGGCGGGACGAGAGCCGUGGGGCAGGAAGGCGGGGCGAGAGCCGUGGGGCAGGAAGGCGGGG